CGCGCGUGCGCGGAGCGGAGGCGCGCAUGGCGGCGGGGCUGCGGGAGCCGAGCCCAGGUCACCUUGUAAUGGAAGAAGGUGGAGCUGACCAUGAUAUUGCUAUGGAAGGAUCUAAUGAUUUGUUCAUAGGCAGCUGUAAUGGUACAGGAGAGUCAGAACCAAAUUAUCAGGUUUUUCAGAAGUUGCUACUCAAAGUACAUUUUACUGUUUUUCCUCUGUGAAAGCAACUAAUGUGCAUGGAUUCCAGGGAUCCAUUGUUUGGCCAGAGCGACUCUCCCCCAGCCCUGGCCAUCACAGUCCCCCUCUCGGGCAGUCCUCCAGCAUCGGCUGUACCGGCGCGGCCUCCCCAGCCACAUUCCCACUCUGCAGAGGAGUUGCACUUGGCAGAGCAGCCCAGGCAGCCCCUGUGUGAGCUGCAGCCCCUGGGAGGGCCCAGUGCACCCAUGAUGAUUGUUGCCAGCCAGUCAGAAAAUGGACAGGUGCUGCAUGUCAUUCCUUCUACCCAGCCAGGAGUGACCCAAUUGAUUAUUCCUCCAGGUCAGCUUCUGGAUGUGACCAGCACUCAGGAUAUUUCGGAAGAAAAGCGUAGUGAUGGGAACCUGCAGACUGUGGUGGUGGCUUCUCUAGCAGACAGUGCAAGCAGUUACAUUCUACAUCCACAGGCAUCUCUUACCAUAUCGAAAAAAGCAGCCACCAGGGUAGUGGAAGACUCUUUUCCCAUCCCUCUUCAGCCAUUGCCACUAAAUACACCUGCAUGGGCACGCCGUCUCAGGAACUGUGAGAGAAUUGGGGACUCGUACCGCGGCUAUUGUGUGAGCGAGACAGAGUUAGAGAGCAUUCUCACGCUACACAAGCAGCAAACACAGAGUGUGUGGGGGACGCGCCAGUCUCCAAGCCCAGCCAAACCCGCCACACGGUUGAUGUGGAAAUCUCAGUAUGUCCCAUAUGAUGGGAUCCCCUUUGUCAAUGCAGGAAGCAGAGCCAUUGUAAUGGAGUGCCAGUAUGGGCCGAGGAGGAAAGGAUUUCAGCCCAAAAAAUCUGGUGAGCAGGAAAGCACCUCUGGCCAGCUGUACAAAGCUACUUGUCCAGCAAGGAUCUAUAUUAAAAAGGUUCAAAAGUUUCCAGAAUACAGGGUUCCUACUGACCCUAAAAUUGACAAGAAAAUCAUAAGAAUGGAGCAGGAGAAAGCAUUCAACAUGCUGAAGAAGAACUUGAUAGAUGCUGGUGGUGUCCUCAGGUGGUAUGUACAGUUACCUACUCAGCAAGCCCACCAAUAUCAUGAAAUGGAAACUUCCUGCCUCCCUCCUUCACCAUCCCAUCUUUCUAUGUCUUCUCCUGAGGACGAGGAGGAAGUCAUUAGAGAUGAGAACAGUACUCUGCCUUCUCGACUUCAUCCUCAAGUGGCAGACAAGAUCCGAGAACUGGUGUCUCAGGGAAUAGAGCAGGUCUAUGCAGUGAGGAAGCAACUAAGGAAGUAUGUGGAAAGAGAAUUGUUCACACCUGAUGAAGUGCCAGAAAGACAUAACCUGUCCUUCUUCCCCACUGUGAAUGACAUCAAGAACCACAUUCAUGAAGUGCAGAAGUCCCUAAGAAAUGGAGAGAUGGUGUAUAAUUCAGAAAGUAUCCCAGCAACGCUGCAAUGGACCACAGACAGUGGGAAUGUCCUCACAGAAACAGUGACUGUUGCAUUUGCCUCACCACCUUCAGAUGGGAUCUCAGGAGUGGAGUCAGUCAUCACCAAAGCAGAAUCCAACCAGAGUGGGGAGUCCUUGAUACCUGAAACAUCUCAGCUGUUGUCUUCACUCUCUUCACUUCAGCCCAAGAUAUUUGCACAACUUCAGGGAUUACAGCUGCAGUCAACAUGUACCUCGACAAAUGGAUCAACAGCCCUGCUAGCUGUAAAUAACCAUUCCCCUCCCAGCCCUUUGAGUCUCCUGGAUUCCCUGGGGAAUGCAAUAAGCAGCCGUUCUCUAGCACUCAGUCAGAGCCACAGUCUGCAAGCAAGUGCUGGCCUAACACAGGACAGUGCUGCUGUGCCUGCUUUUGGGGCUCUGCCUGGCCCUGAUCAGAGUCUGGUUGCCGUGGGCCAGCUGGUACCAGCUGAAGGGGUGGAUGACUCCAGAAGCCUGGAAGGAGGAGAGCAUCAGAUUCUCUUGGGAGAUGUGCAGACUAUUCCAGUACAGAUUGUGGACAGCCAGCCAGCACUUAGAUCACUUACCUCUGAGAGCACUCCAGAUAACUGUCAAGAAGCCAGAGCAGAGAACAGAAGAGGAAAAGAAGUUUGCAAAAAGCUGCUUUCAGGAGAUAGAAAGCUCUCAAACUUAGAGCUGAAGACUGCAAUUUCUUAUGGCUGAAAUGGCUCACUUUAGAUGUGGACUAAUUAUCUUCUGAAUGUAAACUGGUCUGAUAACUCCAUGUUUUUGGCUGUUGACAAAGCUGUUAUCGCAUCUGAGGUGUUCUGUACAUCGGAGAUGGAGGAAGUGGGAACCUUCUUGACCUUAUUUCUACUGAGAACAGAUGAUCUGUGGAAAGAGGGCUUUACCAGUUUAAAAUCAAUAUCCUCACAAUAAUUUGGUGCGUGUACAUGUUUUUCGUGUCAGGUGCUAGUGCAUGUCUAACUUUGUACAUAAUAGAAGCCAUAAAAUUACCUCUCACUGGCCUAGCCAUAUUUUUUAUUGUCUCCUACCACUGUACUCAUUGUUUUUUGGGAGUGGGACAAUCGUUUUAACAUAUUCUCGUUUUCUACUUUUCUGCCUUUCUCCUGUUGCCUCUUUCUCAUACCCAGAGCAGCACAGAAACAAAUUUCUCACUUUAAAAAAACUUCUCCAUCCUCAGUUUCCCAUGUUUUAGGGUUUUCUCUUUGCUUUAUUGUACUGGACUUUGAUUUCUUACAUGACUGAAAUGUAAGAUAUCAUUGCAUUUUGCUUAAGGAGUGGGAAAUACUGGGGUGGGCUCCACUGCCCCCUUCACUCUAGAAGUCCUCAGAGGAAUUACCUACCACAGGUUCUGCUCCUGCACCUGCAUCUCCACACAGGCCAGCACAAUCACAGAACUGUGCUGAUGACAGCAGUGUCUUGCCCUUUGUGUACCAGCAUGUUAUCAGUACAGAGUUAUUGCUGUGAAUCCAGAUCAGUCUGUGGGUCUGCCCCACUGUGUCCUCACAAAUGACCCUUUGGGCACAAGUUGAAAGAGAGCACAGGAGACAGCCAAAAAGUUUUUAAUGUUCAGCUUUUAAUUUGUGGUUCUGUAUUGAGUUCAGGUGCCCUGGUGUGGGUUGUCCUGUGCAGGACACAGCUGGUUCCAGAGAGCUCAGCAACAGCCCCGCCAUGGGACACAGCUGAGCACAUCGGUGAAGCUGGGGCACCUCUGUGGCAGUGUCUGUAAGAAAGGGCAAAAUGCUGCAUGGCAGAGAGGAGUGAGGAAGAAGGUGAAACAGUUCUCUGAGCACCCAAGUCAGAGAAGAAGAGGGAGGAAUUGCUUCUGGUGCUGGAAAUUCAGACCACAGAGGAUCACAUGCCAGAGCAGGUGCAGAUUUUUCUGAAGGAACUGCAGUCUGUGGAGAGGAGCCAUGGCAGAACAGGCUUCUGCUGAAGGACUGCAGCCUGUGGAGAGAGCCCAUGAUGGAGUGACAGAAAGAAGCUGUUACAGACUGACUGCAACACCCAUGUUCCACUUUGCCCUGUGCUGCCUUGGACAAGGGGAGACAGAGAAGUUGGGGGUUCAAAGUGUAAAAGAGGGCAACAGAAUGGAAUGUGAUAUUUUAAUUUGCUUUUGUUUCUUAGUGAUUUAAUCUAUUUUAAUUGGCAAUAAAUUAAAUUAGCUUUCCUCAUAUUGAUUCAAAUAUUGAAAUUUACAUCUGGAUGCCAGUUAUGGUGGAAAGUCCUGAUUUCUGUUUGAUCACUGCAAGUCAUUAUUGCCUUUAAUUUUUAAGUAAUCAAAUUUUAAUUUUUAAGGAUUCAUUCUAUGUGAAGAAAGUAGUGUACCUUGUCUGAAUCAGGAAUUACAUUUCUGGAUGUAUUCUGGUUAGGCCUUUCAAGUUCAGUGUACUCACCUCUUCACUAGAGUAGAUCUCAGUGGCGAAUUAACUCAGGAACAUGUCUAAUCCAUUACAUUUCAGCUGGAAAAUAAUACCAGCCAUAUUUUUACAGGUUGGAGCAUGGGAGAGGCAUUCUGAGGAGACGAUGCUGCAGCAUUAUUUACUUUGGUAAAGCUGUUCUUACAGGUGUUAAGGGUGUGGCAUCUUCCCAGUGUUAUGUCUAGCAGUGCUUCAGAAUGGGGCAAAGUUUGUGGUGAGUGGCAUCUUCAGUGAAAGUGCUGUUAACUUUGGGCAAAGAAAUAAGCAGAGUUUGGGAAUGGGAUUUAUACUCUUGUGCUUUUCAGAGGUUAUUUAGAAAACUAAUAAAAGUAAUAAGAAUAAUAAGUAAUAGUAAAGUAAUAAGUAAAAUAAUAAGUAAUAAGAAUAAGAAGGGAACUUCCUUUAGAGGAUAAGUUUUAUAUGUAUGUUCUUACACCACCUUUGGAAAAUACCUGGCACUGGACACCAAGGGUAUCUAGGCGGGGUACUAGGUGACAUGACACACUUACUGGUUUAUAAUGGGAGCACUGGAAUACAAACUUGAUGGAUAGCUUCCUAACAUUAGCUAAAUUAAUCUUCAUUUUUUUGUCCUCUCUCUUCACAUUUCACUAUAAAGGGAAGAGUUUCUGUUAAAGGGAACAUGGUGAAUUAUCUGUCCAUAAAACUGUUUGUGAACAGUUGGAUGAAAAGGACUUCUUUGAUAAUGAAUUAGAUGAGCUUUGGAAAGAAUUGCACGGUCACUGUAACUUCAAGUAUUUUCUUCCAAAGAUAUUGCUCACUAUUGAUUAUUGUCUUACUGUUUAUUUGCUGUAUAAUUUAUUUGUUAAGCUUUUCUGGCCUUUUCAGGGCCAUAAAAGUAAUACAUAUGGCAGUUCUCUUUUCCUUUGAAGUUUUAUAAAAGGGGAAAGAAUUCUUCAUUUUGCAUUUAGGCACCAGCUGCUCUGGAAAAGUCCAUGAUUAUCUGUGUUCCAUAGCUACCAAAAAAUACCAAAAAGGUAUUCCAUAAACUUGUGAUUUUUCCUUCGAUCAGGCAAAGUGAGUUUGACAUCUUUAAAAAAAAAAAAAGGCAGACUACGCUAGAACCAAAUUUAGCAUCUUCAGGAGCUGACCUAGGGUUCAUCAGUUGCAAUUGUAAAAAGAUUGAUGUUUUCAUAGUGAAAUGUUUUCAUUAAUCUAAUUUAAUCUAUGAACAGAAGUAUCUUCAUUCCUCUUAUUUCAGACUUCUGAACUCCUUUGCAAAAUGAGAGAUUGCUAGUGAGAUUAGCUAAUAACUGCAAAAAUGGAAAAGUUUCACUGAGAACAGGUGUGGUAACAAAAUGUACCAUAAAGUCAGCCAGCAUAAUUAACAUUAGUAAGGUAAGAUCUUUCAGAGGUUAACUACAGGCUAAUACUUUUGGUGGGACACUGAUGUUUAUUCUGAUCUUGCAAACAAAAAUAAUGUUUAUGAGCCAUUGCAGAAAGAACUGGGAAAUAAAGCACUUUGUA